UUGUGGCAUGUUGACAGAGCUAAAGUGUGACAGCAGUGUUUACUCCACAUUUGGUAACUUUUGCUGGAACUGUCUUCAAUUAUUAACUGCUUCUGAUCGGAGCUCGUCGCUCUGCUUUCUCGCACAUUAUUUCAAUCCUGGACACAAUGUGUGUGAGACAUCUUGCGUUUGUGCUUCUGAUUUGGUUUCCGGCCGUGCUACAUGGUAAGAGCAUUCAAUCCUGUCACUUACAGUCAUUCUUAUCUGCUGCAAACAAAGCAUUGCAUUAUUUUGCAUUUGUUUUGACCGUUUCAGCACAAAAGGCAGAACCGUGUCCUGCUCCCCAGCUGGAUCAUGGUUAUUUAGGGCUUAAAAAAGAAACGUAUCCUCAUGAAGAAGAGCUCCGCUAUGCCUGUGAUGAGGGUUAUAAACCAGCAGCGGAGGGCUGGUGGGCAACAAGCACCUGUGACAACGGCCAGUGGUCUCCUAAACCGCAGUGUAUCGAUGAAACAUCCUGUCUUCCACCAACUAUCCCCAAUGGACAUUAUAUCAAAAACCCAAAUGGUUGGUAUUCAGAGCACCGCGGCAUUACGAUAAAGUGUGAUGACGGAUAUGAACUCAGUGGCCAGUCUGACAGAAUCAGAUGCAUAAGUGGAACGUGGCCCUCCUUGCCUGUUUGUGAGAAAAGUCCCAAUGCUUGCGAUGAGCCUCCUCAAAUCCCUCAUGCAGUCAUCAUUAAACAGGGAUACCAGGAGGUGUUUGGAGAAAAUUCCAAAGUGGUGUAUGAAUGUGAAAGCGGACAUACAACCGACGGAGCAGCAACAGAAACAUCUGUCCUUUGCUCCUCUGGAAACUGGACUGGAAUCCCAUCCUGCCAUGUCUUCUGUCUCAUUGAUCCUGCCAAAUACACUCGAGAAUAUUUUGAAGUAACUGAACGUGAAUAUUUAAGGGAAGGAGCGAAGAAGAAUUUCCGGUGUCCUUACUAUCCGGGCCAGUAUUCCGGUUUUAAAUGCAUUUCUGGAAGAACAGCUUAUACAUCCUGUUGUUACGAAGACGACUUGAAUCAUGGAAGGUGCCAAUACUACUUCUGACGAGUUGGAAACUUUCGAAAUGUUUGAAGCAGAAACCAACAUAAAUCUGAAUAAAACAUUUCAACCGUGA